AUGGCCUCAUUCCUCUUGAAAUGUGUCCUUGUUGUUGUAGCCUUCUCUUCCAUUUCUUCGAUGGCUCAAGCUAGUGAUCCAGAUAUCUUGUCUGACUUUAUUGUUCCUGCAGGAAGCGCCAUAGAUGGGAACUUAUUUACCUUCAAUGGUACGCGUGAUAUUUUUGGCAGUGUCAUUGAAAAGUUCAAAGUGACAAAAGUGAGCAAGGCAGAAUUUCCAUCUUUGGAUGGCCAAAGUGUUUCGUUGGCAGUGCUUCAGUUCCCCGGAGGAGGUGUCAACCCUCCCCACACACACCCUCGUGCAGCUGAACUGUUAUUCAUCGUUCAAGGUAGUCUCGAGGUUGGAUUUGUGGACACCACUAACAAGCUUUACACUCAGACUCUCCAAGUUGGUGACUUAUUUGUGUUCCCUAAAGGACUAGUGCAUUAUCAGUACAAUUCUGAUUGGAAUAAAUCAGCUACAGCUGUUUCUGGUUUUGGCAGCGCGAAUGCUGGAACUGUUUCACUUCCUACAACAUUGUUUUCUACAGGAAUCGAUGAUCAAAUUCUCGCCACGUCCUUCAAGUCUGAUGUUGCCACUAUACAGAAGAUCAAGGCUGGUCUUUCAUCUUAG